AUGGGGAGAUGGACGUUACAUCUCUUGGUGGGGGUUGUACUUGCUGUCCUCACGGCCAGUAGCUACGCUGAAAAAGUAAACCACUGUCUGGCUGCAAGGGCUAACACCUGUUCAGCAUGCAUCCAGUCAGGGAAGGGCUGUGCCUACUGCCCAGACGAGAUGUUUGAUGGACCCCGCUGUGACCUUCUGGAGAACAUCAUAGACCACGGCUGUAAUGGCGCGGUGACGGCCGAAAGCAGUGUGUCAAUGGAGAAAAACCAGAAGAUUGACAUGUUGAUGAAGCGCUCUCAGGUGGCCCCCCAGGAUAUGUCCAUGACUCUGCUGCCAGGGGAGGAGAGGGAGAUUGAGAUGGAGGUGUUUGAACCAGCGAAAGGACCUCUGGACCUCUAUAUUCUCAUGGACUUCUCCAACUCCAUGAAGGAUGAUUUGGACAACCUCAAAAGGAUGGGUGCUGAGCUGGCUGACUUGGUGGGGAAGCUGUCUGAUGAUUACACCAUCGGUUUCGGCAAAUUUGUGGACAAGGUGGUGGAGCCCCAGACAGACAUGAGACCGACCAAACUGGCCCAGCCGUGGCCCAACAGCGACCCUCCCUUCUCGUUCCGAAAUGUGAUCACUCUGACCUCUGAUCUGCAGUCCUUCACCGAGAAGCUGCAGAAGGAGAGGAUCUCAGGCAACCUGGAUGCUCCAGAGGGGGGCUUCGACGCCAUACUGCAGGCUACAGUCUGCGGGGAAAAGAUUGGCUGGCGUGACCAUGCCACCCACCUCCUGGUCUUCUCCACCGAGUCGGCCUUCCACUACGAGAGUGACGGUGCCAACGUGCUGGCUGGCAUCAUGCCACGCAAUGACGAGCAGUGCCACCUGGACCCCGAUGGGAAAUACACAGAGGACACCAGGCAGGACUACCCCUCUGUGCCCACCCUGGUCCGCCUGCUGGGCAAACACAACAUCAUCCCCAUCUUUGCCGUCACAAACCACUCCUUCACCUACUAUGAGAAGCUUCAUGAGUAUUUCCCCAUCGCUGAGCUGGGCCUGCUCCAGGAAGACUCUGCUAACAUCCUCAAUAUCAUGGAGAAAGCUUUCGAGAAUAUCCGUUCUAAGAUCAGCAUCCGUGCUGAGGACAGACCUAAAGCUAUAGAAGCUCAGGUCCUGUCUUACAGUGGCAGUGUUGCACAAGCCGGAACCUUCAAAGUCAAGCCUGGGCAAAUAGGGAAGUUUAAGGUGCGUGUCAAGGCCAGUGAGAUGGUUGGGGAGCAACAUGUGUGUAGUCUGGAGCAGGGUGACAAGAAGGGGAAGAUGAGAGUCAAACCGACCACCUUCAGCACAGCUCUAAACAUCAACGCUGAAGUGCUCUGUAAAACCUGCGACUGUGAGAAGAAUCCAUUUCCAAAUGCAGUGAGGUGUACAGGCCACGGAGACCUGGUCUGUGGGAAGUGCAAGUGCAACGACGGCUGGUUGGGUCCGUUCUGUAACUGCUCUGCCAGCGCGUCUACGGAUUCGGGCACUUCCUGUCGGGGUCCUGGAGUGGAGGAGCCGUGUUCUGGCCGAGGAGAUUGCCUGUGUGGAACGUGUGUUUGUUACAACACGGACCAGUACGAGGGACCCCUCUGUCAGUUUGACAAGUCCCAGUGUCAACGAUACGGAGGUUUCCUCUGCAACGACCGUGGUCGCUGCUUCAUGGGCCAGUGUGCGUGUGCAGAGGGCUGGGAGGGACCGGCCUGUGAGUGUCCCAUGAGCAACCAGACCUGUCUGGACACUAAAGGGGGCAUCUGUAACGGGCGGGGUGUGUGUAAGUGUGGUCGUUGUGAGUGCCAGGACUCUGGCCUGGCCAUGACCCCCACCUGCGAGGCUAACUUCCAGGCCCAGCUAGGGAUGUGUGAGGACAAGAGGAGCUGUGUCCAGUGUCAGGCCUGGAAGACCGGAGAGAAGAAGGACAGCGACAAGUGCGACCAGUGCCAGUUCAAAGUGGUCAUGGUGGAAGAGCUCAGGGAAAAUAAAGAGGUGAUUGAGGCGUGUAGUUUCCGUGACGAGGAUGAUGACUGUACGUACCACUACACCGUGGACUAUCCCGAGGACCAGACUGUUAAGGAACUGGAGGUCCAGGUGCUCAAGAAGAAAGACUGUCCCCCUGCUGGCUUCCUGUGGUUGAUCCCUCUCAUCAUGUUCCUCAUGCUACUGCUGGGUCUAUUGUCGCUCUGCUGUUGGAAGUACUGCGCCUGCUGCAAGUCUUGUCUUGCUUUGCUGCCAUGCUGUGGAAGAGGUCGUACGGUUGGCUUUAAGGAAAAUCAGUACAUGCUCCGCCAAUCCAUGCUCACCUCUGACCACCUAGACACGCCCCUAGUGAGGACCGGCCCACCCAAGAGCACCGACGUGGUUCGUUGGAAGAUCACUGACAAUGUCCACCGAUCGCCCAAUAAUCCGCUUGCGCAGGUUCAGCCCAACCCCAAAGAGACAAUCCAGUUCCCUCUGUCUCUGCGUCUGAACAGGUUGUUCACAGACAGUCUGUCUCGCUCCGACGCCAGAGACACUGAGUUGCUACGCAGGGAGGUUGAUGACAACCUGAAUGAAGUGUACAAGCAGGUUCCUGGCACCCAGAGAGUUCAGAACACCACAUUUAGAUUACAGAGAAAUGCUGGUAAAAGAGCUGACCACGCCAUCGUAGACACCGUUCUGUCCGCUCCUCGAUCCAGCUACCCCAACAUCGUCAAACUGACUGAGAAAAACGUCCAGUCUGGAAACUUCCAGGAUCUCAAAGUGGUGCCGGGCUACUACACAGUGGCCACAGACAGAGAGGCGGCUGGUGCCGUGGAGUUCCAGGAGGGGGUAGAGAUGGUGGAUGUGCACGUGCCGCUCUUCGUCAAGGAGGAAGAUGAUGAUAAGAAGCAGCUGCAAGUGGAGGCGGUGGACGUUCCUCUGGGCAUCGCUGAGAUUGGGAAACGCUUCGUCAGCAUCACUAUCAUCAAAGAACACGCCAAGAGUGUUAUGUCGUUCCUCCAGCCUUCGUACACCUACAGCCGACAGGACAAAGUGGCUAACAUCCCCAUUACUAGAGAGAUCAUAGAGGAUGGACACGCACAGGUCAGCUACCGCACCCGAGACCUCACCGCCAAGGACAAGAAGGACUAUGUGACAGUAGAUGGGGAACUGUCCUACGGGCCAGGGGAGACCCAGCAGACUGUCCCUGUUCGUUUGUUGGAGAUGGGAGAGGGAGACGGUCUGCUGAAGGACACACAGGUCAAACAAUUUGUCAUGGACCUCAGUAACCCAAGACAGGGUGCAAAGCUGGGACGCUACCCCAGAACCACCGUCACCAUCACUGACAAACCAGAGCCCAGUGUGGUGAUGUUUAUGAAGAGCACCCAGAACUUCUCCACCGCCGACCCAACCUACUCCAUCCCCGUGGUCCGCACCCGCAAUAAGGAGGGGCCCGCCACCGUCCACUGGAGGACCCGCAACGCUAAACGCUUCGAGCUGUCCGGCCCCCUAAAGUUUGGUCCCGGGGAAACAGAUAAGAACAUCGUGAUCGAUCCACGCUCUCACCCUGGCCCGGUGAAACCAGAGUCCUUCCAACUGGAACUGUUUGACCCCAGUACGAAAGCUGUGGUCGGAGAGAGGAAGACGACGAUGGUCACUAUUACUGAUGGAGGACUUCCAGACAAUGCCCAGAUGGAGAAGAGUGCGGGCUUCAUCAACCAGACAGCCACGUCUCCUGGUGGUCGUCUCAACUCUCCCACCAACGUGAAGGCCAAAGCCACCGGCCCCCGGAGCAUCCGCCUGAACUGGGAUCCCGUAGGAAAAUCCCUGGGCUACAAGGUGAAGCAUUGGAUCUAUGGGGAUCCUGAGGCUGACGCCCCCCCUGCGAUGAAUGUGAAGACAACCCAUGCUGAUCUGGCCAACCUGUACCCCUAUUGUGACUACGAGACGAAGGUGUGUGGCUACAACGCCCUGGGAGACGGAAACUACAGCGACAUGGUGCCCUGUAAGACCCUGGAGGAUGUCCCCAGUGAGCCCGGUCGUCUGGCGUUUAACGUCAUCAGUCCAACUGUCACUCAGGUCAGCUGGGCGGAGCCUGCCGAGACCAAUGGUGUCAUCACCGCCUACGAGGUCCUCUACACGCCCAUCAAUGACGACACGAAGCCGAUGGGUGCAGCUAAGAAGGUGAAGAUAGACAACCCUAAGAAGAGGAUGUUGCUGAUUGAGAACCUGCAGUCGGCCCAGACUUACUGCUAUCAGGUCCGGGCUAAGAACAGCGUGGGUUGGGGUCCCUUCAAAGAAGCGACCAUCAACCUGGCCUCCCAGCCCACCAGACCCAUGUCCAUCCCUAUCAUCCCAGACAUCCCUAUAGUGGACGCGGAGGCGGGUGAUGAGUACGACGGCUACCUGAUGUACAGCAGUGAGGUCAUGAGAUCGCCAACAGACUCCAAGAGACCCAGCGUCUCAGACGAAGAACCAAUGAACGGCAGGUUGGAACAGAACUUCCUCUUCCCCGGGGGAAAUAAUUCCAUGUCGCGCAACAUGUCUUCAUCCAGCUACAGCCAGGUGUCUCCCAUGUCCACCCUCAGCUCCAGCCACCGAGGGGGGGCCGGGGGGUCCAUGUCCAUGGAGUCCACCACAACAUACCUCUCUGGACAAGGAGGAAACUCUCUCUCCCGCACUCAGGUGAUUGGGGGCGGGACGCGCACGGAGAAUGUUGUCAUGAGGAAACGAUCAGAGAACAGAGGUUACUAUGAGUAUGAUGACAACAUCCGAGAUUCCAUCAUCAUAGGAGACCUGUCCAGUGGAUUGUCUGGAUACACAGAUGGCCAAAACGCUCGUUUGGCCCCUGGGGUCCCUGACACCCCCACCAGGCUGGUGUUCUCUGCCCUGGGCCCCACUGCCCUGAAGAUCAGCUGGCAGGAGCCCCACUGUGAGAGGGAUGUUUUAGGGUACUGUGUUCUCUACCAGCUUCUCAAUGGAGGUGAUGUGAAGCGUAUAAACAUGUCCAGCCCCGCAGACAACUCCGUGGUGGUGCAGGACCUGCUGCCUAACCACUCCUACCUGUUCAAGGUGAAGGCUCAGAGUCAGGAAGGCUGGGGACCGGAGAGGGAGGGAGUCAUCACCAUAGAGUCAGCUGUCGACCCCAACAGCCCACUCAGCCCAAUGCCAGGUUCUCCCUUCACUCUCAGUACCCCCAGUGCUCCAGGCCCCCUGGUAUUCACAGCUCUGUCCCCCGAGGCACUGCAGCUGAGCUGGGAGAAACCCCGCAAACCCAACGGAGACAUCCUGGGCUACGUGGUCACCUGUGAACAUCUGCACGGAGGAGGUGACAUGCGUUCCUUCCAGGUGAGCGGUGACAGCGCUGAGACCAGUCUGACAGUUCCGGACCUGAGUGAGAACAUGCCGUACAAGUUCAAAGUUCAGGCCAGGACGACCCAGGGCUUCGGCCCCGAGAGGGAGGGCAUUAUCACCAUCGAGUCUCAGGAUGACGGCGGUACGUCUCAGUACAGCAGUCAGUCCUUGACCAAGAGAGAUGUGUACCAACUUCCUACAGAGGGCAGCACACACACCAACGUCACACACACCAUGAUCAACGACCCAUACUACUCAGGAGAUGGUAUGAUGAUGGUGGGGAAGACGACCCAGCACACAGAGACCAGCGGCAUGGUGACUCGUCAUGUGACGAAGGAGGUGGUGCAGAGGAGCAUGCAAGUGGCCGGCACCAGCAGCGUCACCAAGAAGGUCGAGAGGUCAUUCUACGAGACCUGA